UCUCACCGUGGAAGAAGAGUAGCGCUCCGCGCCGUGGACGUCUGGAGUCAAGAGCGUGUCGUGUCGGCCAGUCCCCGGGAUCGUCCUGAGGGCUUCACGCACGAGUCGUACUUUGAAAAGAGGCGGAUUAUGACACACGGGAGAAAGGAUCGGGAGACUUGUCAAGGAAAACAUUCGUGGCUCUGAUAAAGCCGCUAACGUCGUUGGACAGUGAAAAAUGCAUGACCUGACUGCCCAAGUCACCAGCAGCCUGCUGCCUUUCCCCGGAGUGACCGUGGACACUCUGGGGGAGGAUGAGAUCACUCUAGACUCAGUUCUUCAGGGGAAGUUCACUGUUGGGCGCAGCGGUCUGGCUUGGCUGGCGUGUGGCCCCCAUCUGGAGGUUGUCCAUGCAGUGACGGGAGAACGGCUGUCGGCAUACUGCUUCAGUGGUGGAGGGGAGCACCCACCCACCAUCCUUGCUGCCAGGGACUUCAGCUGGCUCAAACGGUCUGGCCUGCUGGUUGGCUUGGAGGAAGCAGAGGGGAACCUGUUGUGUCUCUAUGACUUGGGACUAUCAAGGGUGGUCAAAGCUGUGGUUAUACCAGGCAGGAUCACUGCCAUUGAGCCUUUAGUGAGUUAUGGUGGAGCAAGCAUUUCGACCCAACACCUUCACCAGAGUUUGCGCUGGUUCUUUGGCAUUGCUGCUGUGGUAACAGAUCUCGGUCAUGUUCUGCUUGUGGAUCUCUGUCUCGACGACCUGUCCUGCAGCCAGAGUGAACUGGAGCCUUCAGCCCUGCAGGUAGUGACCAAAUCUCCAGCCGAUAUCCCCAGGCUUAGAGAAGUCAGCACCAGACAGGGCAGACAUCUUUGUCUGCAACUGAAUGGGUCCAGUGGAGUUGGAGCCACAGCUCUGCAGUACAUCUCCAGGACCAACCAGCUGGCAGUGGGCUUCUCUAAUGGAUACUUACAGUUGUGGAACCUGAAGACUCUUAAGAAAGAAUAUCACUCCCAGUUAGAGGGGGGCAGUGUGGCCGUGUAUGCCUUCACCUUCCAAGAGCCAGAGAAUGACCCCAGGAACUGCUGCUACCUCUGGGCUGUCCAGUCUUCUCAAGACCUCGAGGGAGAUACUGUCAGCCUCCGCCUGCUUCAACUGGCCUUCAGUGAAAGGAAGUGUUUGUCUUCUGGGAAGAUCCUCUAUGAGGGUCUGGAGUACUGCGAGGAACGCUACAGUCAGGAGUUAAGUGGCACAGCUUUCCCUCUCAGGGCCCAGACCACCAACACCCGUCUGCUGAGUUGCCAAACCAUUGAGAAAUUCAGACCCCACCCUGACAGGGAUGACAGCAUGAACGAAGUUGCAUCUCCGGACACCAGCGUUUCCAUCUUCAGCUGGCAAGUCAAGGCCUAUGGUCAGGGAACCCCGUCUACCUACAUUGGGGUUUUUGACAUCAACCGUUGGUACCACGCACAAAUGCCAGACUCUUUAAGACUGGGGGAGUCUCUGCAAAAUUGUCCCUACCUGGCCGUCUGGUCUCUGGACCCAGUGAUACGGAUGGUGUCUCCACAUGUCCUCCUGGAUGUGUUGGUACAUGACCGCAGCCUGAGCAGGGGACUGCCCUUCACCUGUCCCCCACCAGAGCAAUACUUUAACCCCACCACAUACAACUUUGAUGCUACUUGCCUGCUCAACGCUGGAAUCGUGCACUUGACCUGCUCUGGUUAUCAGAAAGAGACCCUGAGCUUUUUGAAGAAAGCUGCUCCUUGUUCCAGUGAUGUCAUCUCCACCAGCUACUCUCGCUGCCUCAUGUCUGGCCUUAUCUCAUCUCGCCUGGCCGACACCCAGGCCUCCAGCCUCUCUCAGGAGGAGCAGCUGGAUGCCAUCUUGUGCACUGCAGUGGAGACCAGCUCCCUGGGACUGAUCACUGGCUGUAUCAAGCAGUGGACUGCAGAAGAACAACCAGGCUCUGCCUUGAACCUGCGCUACAUCCUGGAUUGGGCCUGGAACAAAGUAGUCCAGACCAAGGAGGAACUGGACGGCAUCUGUGCACCACUGUUUGACAGCUCUUCCAACUUCACUGACCCUCAGACCUUACAGCUGCUACAGCACAGUCAGAGACUGCUGAGUAACCUCAGCACCAUCUUCCACUGUCUGCUCAGUGAAGCUCAGGAGCUCACACAGAAAGGUCUGGUGGGGUUGAUAAACAAGAACAUGGUGUCCAUUCUGAUUUCCAAGUACGCCCAGGUGGUCCUCUGGUUCUGUCGUACCGGCUUACUGCCCGAGGGAUCAGAUGACGAUGCUCUCCAGAUCUCUAGGCCUUUCUACACCCACUCGGUCAUCAGCAACUAUUAUACUAUACGCAGAGAGGAGCUCACCAGGCUGGCCAAGGGCAAGUGGUGUGCAGACUGCCUGAUGAUCGAUGGUCUGGUUGCCCAUUGUGGUGAACGUUUGACCAACCUUUGGAAAAGGGAUGAGGGUGGUACGGGGCAGUAUCCACCACCUUCAUUGCAUGCCUUGUUGGACAUUUAUCUACUGGAAAACAUUGAUGAAACUGCCAAACAUGCAAUUGUGAUUUACCUGUUGCUGGAUGUCAUGCACUCCUUCCCCGACAAGGACGGAGCAUCAGUUCACUCUUUCCCCUCAGCUUUUGCCAUUCCUGUUGGGCUAGUGAAACUAGUACAGGGCCUCUGGCUGCUGGACCAUCACGGCCAUCAGAGUUCAUUUGAGCUGCUCCUGCACCCAGCUGCCUCGCAGUGUCAGUUUGACUGGCAGCACGAGCGCGUUCUUAACGCUCUCAUGUGCCAGGACCAGCACGCGAUCGCACUGCGAUAUUUUCACGUUACGAAACCCCUGAUUUCCUCCACCUCCCAAGCCAAACUCUGCCUGUCUGUACUGCUACACAACAGGUGUCUCAUAGAGGCAUGGUCCUUAGUUCGCCAGAACUCUAACCGCCUCAAUAUGGCCGAGCUGCUGGGCUUCCUGUACGAGGGCUGCCAGGAGCAUGGCCUCAUCAAGGAGCUGCUCAAACUGCCCUUGGGUCUAAGUGAACAGGAAUGUUUGGAGAAGUUUCUCAAGGGCACAGGGGGUCUCCAGAACAGAGAACUACUGAUGGUUCAUUACCUUCAACAGGCCAACUACAUACCUGCUCUGCAGCUCAACCACAGCCUUAAAAUGAAUAUGGUGAACGAGCGAGACCCAAAGCUGAAAGAACGAGCCAACACCAGGAACUCUAUAUUGGACCAGUAUGGGAAGGUUUUGCCCAGAGUCCAGAGGAAACUGGCAAUGGAAAGAGCCAAGCCCUACCAGCAUCCCUACACGGUUCACAAAGAGGUUUCUCGGCCGCAGCCUCUGUCGACUAUCACCAAGCGCUCUACCAGUGAGAAAGUGAUGUCCAGAGCUGGAUUUAUCAACAAUGUCCUGACCAAGAUUGAGGAGGUUUGGUCAGGCAAAGGCACAACACCACAGUCCUCUCCUGCCAAGAACUCCAGGGCAGCUGAUCUUCGGAGCCCCAGUCCCUCCUCCCUUCCUGAUCCCUUCCUCGGAACUCCUAUCACCAUGACCUCCAAACGAAAGUCAAGGCUGUUGGACUUGGUGGUUCACCCCUCCUAUCAGAGCCCUCAGCCACUCCCCAGACCCCCCAGCUCCUGGGUUUCUCCAAAGAGCACCAGCAAAGCGCCUGAACUCAGUUUACUGCAAACUCCACAGAUCGUCAAGCGAGCUCGGGCCUUGGCUGCCUCGGGCCCUGUGUUCUCAGCCUUUACGCCCCAUUCGAUACUCCGCAGCAGCCUGAGGCCCACGCCUGUCGCCACCCCCUCUGCCUCAGCCUCUCCGGCGCGCUCCAUCACCCCUCCGCUCCGCGGCAAAGAGAGCCGAAUCACUUUCAUCGAAGAGGCAGAGUCUCCUGAACCGGAGAAGGGCAUCCGAUGGACCAAUGGGAUCACAGCAGACAGUGAGAUUAACUUACUGACCAGGGGCUCCACACCGUCCAAGACUACAGGUAACACCUGGUCUGCUGAAAGGGAAGAGGAUGGAGAUGAGGAAGGGGAACAACCUCGUGUAAACUUCCUGCCUCCUGAAGGUGGUGUUCCCUCACCGCAGCUGAGAUUCUCUGAGAGCGAGUCAUCCUCCGUCCAUGAAGUAUCUGUAGAAACCCGACCAUCAGAUGCAAUGCAAGCUCGACUCAGCCUGAGCUUUGACACCAGUCGGACAUCUGUCCGGUCAACAGACACCACUCUUGAGUAUUAUGAUGCACCUCUAUCAGAUGAGCAGGAAAUAGAGGAGGGGCACACUGCCACAGAGGAAGAUGAGGAGGUAGUGACACUGAACAUCAAAGCCCUUCCUGGAAAUGAAGAAACAGAGGAAAAGCCCGCCGCAGCCACAGAGCAAACCCCUGUCCUGACACCAGAGAAUAGCGAGAAGGAAGAAGAGGAGGUGGAGGAAGACGAAACAUUUAAAGACAUUAUGGAGUUUGAUCUUGAACAGGAGGCUGAACACGAGGAUGAGAAGGAUGUUGAGUCGAGCAGCAAACAAGAAGAUGCUGCAAACCUUAAUCACGAGGAGAUAACCUAUCAAGUUUGUAAUCUGGUGACUGAGGUUACAGAUUCUGACACGGGGGUCGACUCUCAACCAGCAGAAGCCCCUGAACAGGACGUCCAGUCAGAGUUCACUGAGCAUCUGAAACCGACUGGAGACCUCGAGCAGACAAACGAACCUGAGGAGGAUCUGGAACAAUCAACAGCAGAUCUGACUGAUUUUGUGCAGCAGCAUCUGUUUGGCGACGAUCUGUCUCCUCCGCUCGUCCGCUCAGGAAUCCACAACGCAUCACAGACACACAUAUCAUUCAACAGCGAGUCACCAGGGGAGGUUGAAGAGGAGGAGCAGGCAGCUGUCGAACCUCCCCCAGUUUUCACCAGCCAGAAAUCUAACGCCUCCGUGACAUCGUCCGAGGCGACGGGCACAGACUCCCACUCUGUUGUGAGUGUAAACGAUAGUGAAGAACUUUCUAGCCCUGCGUCUGAGGAGGAGGAGGAGGAGGAGGAAGAAGACGAAGAGGAAGAAGAGGAGUCUGAUCAAGCCGAGGAGGAAGAGGACUCUGGUAGUGAGGUGGAGAUCAUUGAGGAGGUGCAAGGCAAUGGGAGGCUGCCACCCCUCCAACCCAGUUCAGUCUUUGUACAACAAGGGGACACACACUUCCUGCCAAGUCUGUCAGAGCAGGAGGCUGCAGAGUUCACCCUAAUCGCACCCGGGGCAGAGAUGAAGAUGGUAGAGGAGGACAUGGAGGGUGAAGUGGUGAUGGUGAGACUUGGGACUGGUGAUGGAGGGGUGGUUGCAGAGGAGGACGAAGAGCAGGGAUCAUCAUACAUGGAGCUCAAACCCUCUACCACUCUCCUGGUGCCCCUGGAGCUGGUGGAGGGGCAACACGGCCUGGUCGAGAGUGCUCAACUGGAUCUUCCCGACAUCCAGCAAACGGUCGCUCCAGAUGACGCAGCGACUGAAGCUCACUGCGCCUUCUCUCUGAUGCUGGACAUGGACGAGGACGGGAACAAAGAGGCAGACACGCUACCUAUGGAAACUGAUCUGGAGUCCUCCAAUCUCUUCACCCAGGCUCCAGUAGAGGAGGCUAGUGAGGAGCUUGUAGUCAAACCUGAAGUUAUUCUUCUGGGGACAGACGACCAGGAUAUGCCCCUGUCUGAAGAAGUCUCACAAGAUGACCAGAGGGAAGAGAUUCUUCUGGGGACAGACGUCCAGGAUACCGUCCUGUCUGAGGAAGUCUUACAAGAUGACCAGAGGGAAGAGAUUCUUCUGGGGACAGACGUCCAGGAUACCGUCCUGUCUGAGGAAGUCUUACAAGAUGACCAGAGGGAAGAGAUUCUUCACGGGACAGACGUGCAUGAUACUGUCCUGUCUGACGAAGUCUUUCAAAAUGACCAGAGGGAAGAGAUUCUUCACGGGACAGACGUCCAGGAUACUGUCCUGUCUGACGAAGUCUUUCAAAAUGACCAGAGGGAAGAGAUUCUUCACGGGACAGAUGUGCAUGAUACUGUCCUGUCUGACGAAGUCUUACAAAAUGACCAGAGGGUAGAGGUGGGCAGCCUGGAAAAACCUGAAGUUAUAAUUCUGGGGACAGAAGACCAGGAUACCGUCCUGUCUGGAGAAGUCUUACAAAAUGACCCAAGGGAAGAGGUGAGUAACCUGGAAGAACCUCAGGAUAAUAUUCUGGUUAGAGAGGACCAGGAAGCGCCCCUGUCUGAGGGAUUCUUAAAAGAUGACCAGAGUGAAGAGAUGGGCAGCUUGGAAAAACCUCAGGAUAUUCUUCUUGUGACCGACGACCAGGAAACCGUCCUCUCUGGAGAAGUCUUACAAAAUGACCUGAGGGAAGAGAUGUGCAGCCUGGAAGGAUCUCAGGUUAUUCUUAUUGGGACAAACGACAAGGAUAUGCCCCUGUCUGAGGAAGUCUCACAAGAUGACCAGAUGGAAGAGGUGGGCAGCCUGGACGGGAGUGAGGUGGAUGGGUUGACAGAAUCUGAAGCUGUGGAACUCCAGACAGACCAACAGGCUGAAAACACUGGCACAAUUCAGGAGACUGAAGAAGCUAAUGAGCAGAAGGAUUCUGAGUUGGUUAUGGAGACUGAACAUCAUGAGCCUGCAGCUCUUUCUGCACCAACUCCAGUGAGAGAACUGGCAGCAGUUGUGGAUGACGACGAGUCUGAGGCAAAAGAACCCGCUCCUGAUGAGGAGCCAGAAGAGGAGGAGGCUACACAUGCACCACCUGCUGAGGACCAGGAAGAACCUGAAGAGAAUGGGCCCGUUCGUAUAGACACAGAUAUGGUUCCUGUUGUGGAGGAGGAGCUGCAGGACAGCAGAGCCUCAGCGAUGACCGAGGAGCAUAACGGAGAAGAAAGUACAAAACAGAAGGAAAAAACAAGGAUGACCAGGGGAAGAAAAGAUAAAACAGUUGAAGAGACAUCGUUUAAUCAGAUCAUGAGCUCAAAUAGUGACACAGAGGCACGGCCUGUACCACAGACCCCAACCUCUCAGAGGAAGAAGGCUCCUUCCACCCCGACACUGAGGAUCACAAGAGGGAGGAGGACUGUCACCUUUAUCUCUCCUCUGCCAGAGGAGCCAGAGGAGGAUAUGAAAGUGGAGGAGUCAGAGAUGAGGGUGGCCCCUGCCUCACCUCGUCGUACACCCAGAAAAAGUCAAGUCCAAGCCGGCACACCUCGAAGAAGCACCCGCAAAGCUCUGCCAGAGCCUGCUGGAGACGACGUUGAAGCGGAGGAGGAGGGCGUGGAUAAAACUACCAUAGCUGCAUCAGCCUCCAAGGCCUCCUCUCCAUCCAGACGGGUUUCCCAGAGGGCCCCUUCAACAAGAACCAGCCAAAGGAUGCGGACUGGCGGUAAGGAGGUGUCUGAAGUUGAACUGCAAGAGGAGGAGCAGGACCAAGAGGAAGUGGUCACACAUAUCAAAAUUGGUCGAAGAACAGGCUCAAGGACUUCCACCCCGGCCAAACGCAGCACCACUCAGGGAAACACUCCAAGGAGGUCCAGCCGGAGGAUACUGAGCAGCAGUGAGGUGGAGUCCACAACGUUAGAGAACCUGGAAGAGGAGAACGAACCAGAGGCUUUUGCUCCACCUGUCAAACGCAGCUCCAGAAAGAUGAAGACGGAGCCGUCAGAAAUGCAGCCGGCGCUGCUUGAGGAGGAGGUGGAGGGGAAAAGACAGCAGGUUUCUAGUCCUGGCAGGACGACUCGACAGUCCAACCGGAUCACUGUCGAUGUUUAUCCACAAGUGAAACUGGUUCCUGUAUCACUUCCUCAGAGUGCUAGAAAGACUGGACAAGUGACAAUUACUGAAAACAAAAUCCAGAGUGAAGAAGACCUACACGAGUCUGAACACAACAGCAGUGCCUGUCACACCAAAACCCGCCGACCAACGAGGAUCAAACUCUGGGACCAUCCAGAGGAAGAUCUGCCCUUACUGGACUCUCCGCUGGAGGUGGAUUCUGAAACUCCGGUCGCAGACGCCCUCAUCAAGAGACUCCAGGAUGAGGAGGAGAAGCAUGAAGGAGGAGUUGUCGUCUCAAAGAUGGUGAGGACCAGCAAGAGGAGUAUGAAGUCAUCAGCGGAGCAAGUUGACGGCCUGGUCACCGAACCCGCAGAGGACGAGUCCAGUCCAGGCGAGCACUCAAUCAUCUACUCCCCCUCACGGAGAAGAACAAGAGCCCGUAGAGCAGAGUCUCCUAAACCGAGUGACGAGGCUGCAGUACCUGCCACUCGCAGCAGGAGAAGAGUGAACGACGUUGCUCCUCAGGAUGCUUCAGAAGAAGAUGAAGUGGAGAAAGCAGCAGGUGUUUCUAAAACUAAAAAAACAGGCCGACAAACAGCCAAAUCUAAAGGCGUCCUGGAGCCCCCUCCCGUAGCAGAGGUGGACCUGCUCUCGCCUCUGCCCAGCCCACUCGAACCGCACCCGCGAACGCAGAAGAGGGUCAAAGGAGGAGAGGUCCCGACCUCGAGCAUGAACCUUCGACGCAAACGCAUAAUGGACACCGUUUUCACUAAACCCGUCACCCGGAGAAAGAAACUAUGAGGAGGUCGACGGUGUCUUUAACCGGCGAACCUCAGGCAGCCACCGAUUCAACACUUGAACCAACUGGGUUUGAAUCGCAGGACUGAACUCGUGACGGCUCUGCGUCCUCAGAGGCCUCAAAGCCUCGCAAGUAUCCUUUGUAUAUUGACUUCCAAUGUAGGACAACAAAAUAAAAGCAACGAGAGGACUAUAUUUUUGGAGUUUCCUUGUCCCGCUCGUACUAACUUGUUGUCACUUGAUAUUGUAUCUGUGGCCAUUUUGUGACGCUCUUUGUAGACGGCUUGAUUCUCUGGGCACAGAAACGACACAGGGGUCCGCAAUCAGUGAGUGUUUUUAGAAGCUCCCGCUAUUAAAACCAGAGAAGACUGAACCCAACUUGCCUCGGAUAAAGAGGUUUUAUUAACAUUCUCUUUUUAAGUUUUGUUGUUGAUAUUGUUGUUUACUUUUAAGAUUUUGAGGCCUGGUGUUUUUUUUUUCUAUUUUAGAAGAAAAGCAACCCAACCCAGUGGGGAUGAAACAUUUCUACUGCUGGAUUUGUAUAUAGUAUUUUGCUAUGUUCCAAAUAAAGUUAAUAAAUAAAUCCUUAAGAAUAAUUGUCACGUUGCAUUUGAUCAUCCGAUCAGGCUGCCUAUGCCAUCGUCUUAGAAAUUCACUUGAUUUGGAAGUUUUUCUGUGAAAGAGAAUAACUUCCAGUGUGACUGUUUUUGUACGUCAUUGGGAUGUUCAAUAUUGUGAAAGAGGGUGGAGUUUUUGAACUUGUUUUGGGACGUGUUGAUAUGCUUGUUUACCUGAAUUUAUGGUUAACACCCUCAGUCACAGAGGCUAUUUUCUGAUGAAUGUAUGUAGAAUGUCUUAUUUUUGAUUGCUCUUUGAUAAAUAUGGCGAAGCUUGAAUACCUAA